AUAAAUCCUUACACUUAGACCCAUUGAAUAAGAACUUGUCAUGAGUUUUUGUUAAAUAUCCAUUAUGCGGCUCAUCCACUACUAGGAGUGGCUUGAAAGCUGGUCAUGUUGAGAUCAAGUUUGCUGGAGGAAAUCCAUCCCGUUUGGCAGGAGUCUCCAACGCUGGCAGCAGAGUCUUGCUGUAAACGCCCACUGUGAGUCGCAUCAUGGCCGACGCGGAAGACUCUGGCUUUUCUCUCAUGAGCCUGGAGGACGAGCUGACCUGCAGCAUCUGUCUGAGCACAUUUGACUGCCCGGUCACCAUCCCCUGCGGACACAACUUCUGCCAGAACUGCCUGCUCUCCACCUGGACCGAGUCCUACAGCUGCCCCCAGUGUCGGACCCUGUUCGAGACCAGGCCGGAGCUGAAGAAGAACACGGUCCUCAGCACCGUGGUGGAGACCUUCAGGGUCAGGUCCAACAAGACCGAAGGAGGGCAGUCCGUAAAGGAGGAAGAGGGAGAAGAAGAAGACGACGACGACGACGACGAAGAGGAGGAUGAAGACGAAGAAGGGUAUGAGGAUGAGAGGGAUGAUGUGGUCCGCUGUGACACCUGUAUGGAGGCCGAGGCAGCCCAGACCUGUCUCACCUGCAUGGCCUCCUUCUGCGAGGAGCACCUGCGGCCCCACCGGGAGAACCCCACCUUUCGCCUCCACCAGCUGACCGAGCCCGUCGGGGAUCUAUCCGAGCACAUCUGCACCGACCACCACAAGCUGAUGGAGCACUUCUGCACCGACCAUGGCCGCCUGAUCUGCAGCCUCUGCCUGCAGCAGGUCCACAAAGGCUGCAGCUUUUCCUCUCCAGAGGAGCAAAGGAACCUGAAAGCGUAUGAAUUCAGGGAGAAGUUGGACAUUCUGAACUUGAAGAUUGACAGGACCGACACCAUCGUGCUUCAGAUGAAUGAGCUGCAGGGCAAGCUCAAGGACGCAGCGAGCAAGAGGAAGAUGGCGCUGGCUGCUGUGUACCAGCAGAUAGGGGAGAUGUUGGCUCAGGACGAGCGCGUGGCCCAGCAUGAGGUGGACUGUGAGCUGGAGGCUGGUCAGGCCAAACUCCGCGACCUCACAACAAAGUUCAACGACAACAGUGAGAGGAUGAAGAAAGCCAGAGAGAAGAUCGACAAUCUGCUGAGUCAGGCGGGAACGCCAGCCUUUCUGCAGGCUUCAUUUGAGUUGCCCCGGGUGGUUAAGUUUGACCCCCACCCCCCUCGAGUUAACAUGGACUCCAAAAGGGUGAUGGCAACGCAGAGCUUUGCUGCCGCCCUGCAGGAGAGCCUGAUGACGCUCUUCAGUCAGCCUUUUGAGGCCAGAGUACCACUGCUAAAACCAGGACAAGCAGAAGCUUCUGUCUCAGGAGCUGCUGGUGGAGAAACCAGUGCAGCCCGGGCCCCCGAGUUUCAAUCCCCGAGGCCCCCAGAGCAAAGACCUCCACCCAGGUCCCAUAGUCCAGGUCGCCCACCUGUCCAGACCAUCUACCAACCCGUCCAUAUUCCUGUUUACAUACAGGCAAAGCCAACAUGGACUCCGCAGCAGAGUCAGCCAACUGGCUUUUCCAGGCCUCCGCCUUCGUUCUUCCAUGGCCAGAAGCCGCCUUCUCAGAAAAGUCCUGGAGAAAUGACUAAGAAAACAGUAGGAAAGCCAGUCGGUAAACCAGCCCACAAAGUGGCACCAAGUCGGGGUGGAGACAAGAACCAUCCGCCCAAAAGCAAAGACAAGAAGUCUGACGGUGGCCACCAACCCUCUCACAAGCAAGGCAAAAAGCCACCAAGCGCACAAGGAGGACAGAAGCCUGGGUGGAAAGGACCCGAUUCUGCUAAGAAAGACAAGCCGAAAGGACAGCCGCCGUCAGGGAAACCGGCCGGGCCAAACCCACAUCCUAGAAAAAAUAAAUAACUGUCAGGGUCAGAGUUCGUCAGCAGAACCGGAAGGGACUGCUGGACCUACGCUCAGUAACACUGGUGUGAUCGUUACUGUUUGCUUCAUGUUUUGUUUGGGGUAUUAAACUUAACCAGCCUUUAAUCUUUAUUCAAAUAUAACUAUAGUUUUGUGACAUUUUGGGAUUACUUAAAUAUCAAUGAAAAAGUUUCUAAUAGGAAAGGUUAGAUUUUUAGAAAAAUAUUUUAAAAUGUUCCACCUCAUCUCCCCCCCAUAUAUAUAUUGCAAGUCUACAGUUAAUUAUGCACAAAAUGGGUACAAGAAAAAUAACGUAGAAGUCAAAAACCUUUAUAUGGAGCAGAAGGGAAAUGGAUCCGUGGGUUAUAGUUUCAGUUAGUCAGAUAUGACUUGCUAAGUGAUCCUUACUGACAGCAUUUCUGAUCUCAAUCAUUCUGAGCGAGGUUAUAAACUUUGCAUGCACCUUAACUCUGCUGUUGUAUGGCGUCUGUGCGUAGAUCCUGCCACCUGCUUUAUAAUGCGAAGCGUUAUUUAAGUUGGAUAACAUCACAGAAAACAACACAUAACUGUAUAUUGAAGCAUCAUGUUCAUUCAUCCAUUUAGAAAGAACACAAAUGGAGAAAAAAGGCUGAUCACUGCAUUAGUCACUAUUUUGUAUGUGAAAACACAGAAUAUAUAAAUUCAAAUAAAGAAAAAAAAAAUCAAACCUCUUCAGGUACUUGGGUGAUGUAUCCCAAACCACUUUCCAAGCUCUAUUAAAGACACCGUGUCAUCUGAAAUGUAAAUAAUUUAUUCUUAUCAAUUGAAUUGAAUGAAAACACAGAAACACCUUGGUUAUGUAUGAAAAUAUUUAUGGGAAUGUCUUCAAAUUCAAAACAUCACCUCUUUACAUUCAUCUCAAUCAAAAUUGGUUCUUGUCACAUUUUGUAAACAGCCAUUUUUUUUAAUGAUUGUUUGCAUUAAACGCUUGUUUUCCUCUGA